GAAUUGGUACGAUUUCUGAUUCUGGUAGCUUGACCUUGCCUCCCUGGAGCUCUUCUCAGCUCAGAACAACAGUUGUCACAAAUAACUCUUGUUUGUGAGCACCUGAGGUUUGCCAGAGCCUGACAGUAGCAAGAGGAAGGAACCUAAGACAGGGCAUUGAGGUUGGGAUGGUUGGAUCAAAAGGCAGGCAGAGACGGAAGAGGAGGACUAGAAAUGGCAGUUACAGAAUGUGAAAGGAGAAGGGCUUUGUGAGCAGGGAGGACAGUUGUUGAAAGUGUAAUGGCUUUGGGUUUAGGAAUGGAGACUAAAGCUAGAAUGCAGAGAGAAGGGAUCAGGGCUGUGUGAGAGUGUAAACUCAUUCAGGGAUUGAGAAAAGGGAAGAGUUGUGAAAUGCCAGAGGGCACAGUGGAAUUUGGCUGUACAGAAAGGGGGAAAAUGGGACAGAGUCCCCUAGUCUGAGAGACUUAGCUGUCUGGUGAGAGACUCAGGGUUAGUCACAUGGCCAUCUGAGGAGUGGCUACAUCUGUCUAGUUUCCAAUUGUUUUCCAGCACCUAGCACAGUGUCUGUCACACAGAAGAGGCUUAAUAAAUAUCUAUUCAUCAAAUGUUGAAUUAGUAGGGAGAGGCUGGGGGAAAGAGUUGCCCACCUAAUUUUCACCCACUCCCCCCACCUAAGUCUACAUUAAUGGGCAAACUGGGAAAUCAGAAACCGGAGGGAAUGGCUAGAGGGUAGUUAACCAGUGACAGUGAGAUCUGAGGCAGACAGGAGAGACUGGGUUAGGGUCACACUUGGAGGCAGCCAGGGGAACUCUCAGGGCUGAUGUGCAGAGUCUUUGUAGUGAUAAUUGGAGGAAAACAUGAAUGAACAGCCCUAGGAGCCCAAGAGGAAGAUGUGGAGGAGGGAAGAGAAAGGAGGCGGUUUCCAGAAAAGGUUGAGAGCUGUUUCCAAAGAGAGAGUUGGCAAAUGUGAAUUAAAAGUAGCAUCCCCACCCCAUUCCCAAUCAUGAAACUACAAUUGAAUUGGUCAUAACUGUAUAUAUACAAUGGCCGCAAAUAAGGAGUUCAUAAAUCAAUACCAGACCCAUUCUGAACACCUAUCCCAACCCAGGUAAUUAUUAAUACAAGGAAGGCAGCAUUGGCGUGGGCCAAAAGGCCAAAGGAGGGAGAAGUUACUGCUGCCCAGAUCUUGAUGUAAAGAAUCCUGUGAGGGAUGGCCUUGACAUCUGACUCUCCAUUGUUGAAAGACUCCAGAGGUAUCUAGAAGAGUGGGAGGCAAGAGAUGUAAAACUCGCCACAACUCUCAGAGUGAAAUCUGCAGAAAGAAGAGGUCUAAAUACACAGAAACUAUAGAAAACAAAGAUGCACCCAAUCAGGAAUCAUGAGGGCAUUAACUCCCAGGCUGAGCCUUGAAAGUAGCACUUCCAUCCUUCCUUUCUCAUCCUGAGAAACAGAGACCUGGGUCUGGACAGAGGAAGAGGGCAAUACCAAAAGGAAAAAAUGUCUUCUAUUUCUCCACACCUUUCUCUCCAUCUUCACCUUCCUCCCCUCCACAGCCUUGUGAGGAAACAGUGCAUUAGGGGAGGAGGGUAGAAUGAAGAGGCAGCAGGGAACUCUGGAGACUAAGGGCCAUUUUGGAGCUGCAAGAUUCAUCUCAGGGGAUGACUACACCCUCAGAACUCUCCACCCUCCCUUGGCUCCAGGCCUCCCUCCUCCCAUCCCCCUCAGUGGCAGCAGCCUUGUAAUUUAAAGCUCUCUCUGUCGCCUCUAAUGUGAUCCUCUCGUUUUAUUGACUCUCUCUGCCGUCUGUGGCGCCCCUUCACAUCAAUCUCCUCUCUAAUCACACCACCGCCACUGCCUGCUCUGUCUCCCCUAAACCUCUCCUUCACAGAGGCCCCCAGCCCUUGCCUCUACCCAGGUCUUUCCUGGACUGUCCCCAACCUCCACCCUACACCAGAUCCAUCCUCUUCCUCCUUCCUCCUCUUGCCUCCUUCAGAGGCAACAAUGUAGGGCCUUUCAGGGUUAGCCUUGUCUCUUUACCCACAUCUGAGAUGUGUCCGCAGGGAUAGGGGAUGCCCUUAAGAAAGCCGGGAACUAAAGGGAAGAAUGGCGAUGGGUCUGAGGAUGAGCAAGAAUCCUGGUCUUGGGGGUGGCAGGAGGAUGAUGACUCUUAGGCCUGUCCGUUUCUGCAGUGUCUCCAGUUCAAGGUAGGAAGGGCAAAGAAAGGGACCUAGCGAUUCAGAGAGGGAAGGAAGGAAAGAUGGAGGAGUGAAAAUGCAAUGAGGGGAAAAAAAGCGAAAAAAUAAUUGCUGCAGCUAAAGGUUUGUAAUAGUGGGUGAUGGGAGAAGCUCCGAGAAGAAAGGGGGAGGGGGAGUUGGGGUUGGGGGAGGAUGUACUGAGGCAGAGAUAUAUUUGCAAUUGAAAUUCUUUCCUAAAGAGGAGGACGGUUAGGUUGGGAGGUGGGGAAGAGAUUUGCAAUUUUAAAUAGCUGCCAACCUACCCUCAGCCGAUCGGAGUCUCACCUACAAGCUAGCCAAAAGCUAAGCUCCUUUGGUUUCUAGCUAGGAAUCAGCUAUGUCUUUUUCCAGUUCUAGGAAACAGAUGUUUUUGAGAGAGGAUCUGGGAGUUACUGCAGGAUUUGGGGCUUAGGUCUGCCUAGCCCUACUCUGAGCUGUGAUCGAGCAUGGGUACUGGCUGUCACGCUGACAUGAGCCCCCAGCACUCCUCCGUCUACCAUGGCCACCCUUAACUCAGCCUCUACCACUGGUACCACCCCCUCCCCUGGGCACAAUGCCCCAUCCCUGCCUUCGGACACCUCCUCCUCCAGCACCCCCUCUGAUCCUGUCACCAAAGAUCCCCCUGCUGCCUCCUCCACCUCUGAGAACAUGAGGUCCUCAGAGCCAGGGGGACAGCCCCUGGAGUCGAGCUGCGGCCUCGUCCCACCAAAGGAGAUUGGGGAGCCCCAGGGAGGGCCUGACUGUAGUCACUUCCCACCAAAUGACCCAGGAGUGGAAAAGGACAAGGAGCAGGAGGAGGAGGAGGAGGAAGGGCUCCCUCCCGUGGACCUAAGCAACCACUUAUUCUUCACAGCUGGAGGUGAGGCCUACCUAGCGGCCAAGCUGUCCCUGCCAGAUGGCAGUGAACUCCUGUUACCAAAGGGCUUCCCCUGGGGUGAGGUGGGCAUCAAGGAAGAGCCCAAUCUGUCCUUCCUUGCCUACCCAUCCCCCUCACACCUCACUGCCCUUCACAUCCAACAUGGCUUUGAUCCAAUCCAAGGCUUUAGCUCUUCUGACCAAAUUCUGUCCCAUGAUACCUCAGCACCAUCUCCGGCUGCCUGUGAGGAAAGGCAUGGAGCUUUCUGGAGCUACCAGCUGGCUCCAAAUCCACCCGGAGAUCCCAAAGAUGGCCCCAUGGGGAACAGCGGGGGCAACCACGUGGCAGUCUUCUGGCUCUGCCUUCUGUGCCGCCUGGGUUUCAGCAAGCCCCAGGCCUUUAUGGGUCACACACAGUCUCAUGGGGUGAAGCUAACCCCUGCCCAAUAUCAGGGCCUGUCAGGUAGCCCAGCUGUGCUCCAGGAGGGAGAUGAAGGCUGCAAGGCCCUCAUAAGCUUUCUGGAACCAAAACUCCCUGCUCGCCCCUCUUCCGACAUACCCCUUGACAAUAACAGCACAGUGAACAUGGAGGCAAAUGUGGCCCAGACAGAGGAUGGCCCCCCUGAGGCAGAAGUCCAGGCCCUUGUCCUCCUGGAUGAAGAAGUCAUGGCCCUCAGCCCAUCCUCUCCACCCACAGCCACCUGGGACCCCAGCCCAACCCAAGCCAAAGAAUCGCCAGUAGCAGCAGGCGAGGCAGGGCCAGAUUGGUUCCCUGAGGGGCAAGAAGAGGAUGGAGGGCUCUGCCCCCCACUCAACCAAAGCUCACCCACCUCCAAGGAGGGGGGCACUCUCCCUGCCCCACUGGGCUCCCCUGAAGACCCCAGUGACCCACCCCAGCCCUAUCGCCUAGCUGAUGACUACACCCCAGCCCCUGCAGCCUUCCAGGGCCUCAGCCUGUCCAGCCACAUGUCCCUGCUCCACUCACGCAACUCUUGCAAGACACUCAAGUGUCCCAAGUGCAACUGGCACUACAAGUACCAGCAGACCCUGGAUGUGCACAUGCGAGAGAAGCACCCUGAGAGCAACAGUCACUGCAGCUACUGCAGUGCUGGGGGUGCCCAUCCCCGCCUUGCUCGUGGAGAGAGCUACAACUGUGGCUACAAACCCUACCGCUGCGACGUCUGCAACUACUCUACAACCACCAAAGGCAAUCUCAGCAUCCACAUGCAGUCUGACAAGCACCUGGCCAACCUGCAGGGCUUCCAGGCGGGCCCUGGUGGGCAGGGAAGUCCACCAGAGGCAUCACUCCCACCCUCCGCGGGAGACAAAGAGCCUAAGACCAAAUCAUCCUGGCAGUGCAAGGUGUGCAGCUACGAGACGAACAUCUCCCGCAACCUGCGCAUCCAUAUGACCUCUGAGAAGCACAUGCAGAAUGUCCUAAUGCUGCACCAGGGGCUGCCACUGGGCCUGCCACCUGGAUUGAUGGGGCCAGGCCCUCCUCCCCCACCAGGGGCUACCCCCACUAGCCCCCCUGAACUCUUCCAGUACUUUGGGCCCCAGGCCCUAGGGCAGCCUCAGACUCCCUUGCCUGGCCCGGGGCUGAGGCCAGACAAGCCUCUGGAAGCCCAGCUGCUUCUCAAUGGUUUCCACCACCUAGGAGCACCUGCCCACAAGUUCCCCACAUCCGCCCCUGGAAGCCUAUCCCCUGAUGCCCACCUGCCUCCAAGUCAGCUCCUGGGUUCCUCAUCCGACAGCCUGCCCACCUCACCACCCCCAGACGACAGCCCGUCCCUGAAGGUGUUCCGCUGCCUAGUGUGCCAGGCCUUCAGCACAGACAGCCUGGAGCUGCUGCUCUACCACUGCAGCAUAGGCCGCAGCCUCCCGGAAGCUGAAUGGAAGGAGGUGGCUGGUGACACCCACCGCUGCAAGCUUUGCUGCUAUGGCACCCAGCUCAAGGCCAACUUCCAACUCCACCUCAAGACUGACAAACAUGCUCAGAAGUACCAGCUGGCAGCCCACCUGCGGGAGGGGGGUGGAGCCAUGGGCACCCCUUCCCCAGUGUCCCUGGGAGAUGGGGCUCCUUAUGGGUCUGUCUCCCCGUUACACCUGCGCUGCAACAUCUGUGACUUUGAGUCCAACAGCAAGGAGAAGAUGCAGCUGCAUGCCAGGGGUGCAGCCCACAAAGAAAACAGCCAAAUCUAUAAGUUUCUGCUGGACAUGGAGGGAGCAGAGGCAGGGGCAGAGCUGGGGCUAUACCACUGCCUGUUGUGUGCGUGGGAGACACCCUCCCGCUUGGCUGUGCUGCAACACCUGCGCACACCUGCCCACCGCGAUGCCCAGGCCCAGAGGCGUCUGCAGCUGCUACAGAAUGGCCCAACUGCUGAGGAAGGACUCGCAGCUCUUCAGAGCAUCCUGAGCUUCAGCCACAGGCAGCUCCGGACUCCUGGGAAGGCUCCUGUCACCCCCUUAGCUGAGCCACCUACCCCUGAGAAAGAUGCCCAGAACAAGACAGAACAAUUGGCUUCAGAAGAGACAGAAAACAAGACUGGCCCUUCCAGAGACAGUGCCAACCAGACCACGGUAUACUGCUGCCCAUACUGCAGCUUCAUGAGCCCAGAGUCCAGCCAGGUGAGGGCUCAUACGCUCUCCCAGCACGCAAUGCAGCCCAAGUACAGAUGCCCACUGUGCCAGGAACAGCUGAUGGGCCGGCCUGCCCUGCACUUCCACCUUAGCCACCUUCACAACGUGGUGCCCGAGUGCGUUGAGAAGCUGCUGCUUGUAGCUACAACUGUAGAAAUGACAUUUACAACCAAAGUGCUAUCUGGACCCACAUUAAGCCCUCUGGAUGAUGGCCAAGAACCCCCCACUCGUGGGCCAGAGCCUACACCGAGCAGAGACCAGGCAGCAGAAGGCCCUAACCUGACCCCAGAAGCCAGUCCAGAUCCUCUUCCUGAGCCUCCCCUGGCCUCAGCUGAGGCCCCAGACAAACCCUCGGGAAGCCCUGGCCAACCCCCUUCUCCAGCCCCAUCUCCAGUCCCUCAACCUGAUGCCCAAGCUGAAGACAUAGCUCCUCUGCCCCCCAUGGCUGAGGAGGAAGAGGGGACCACUGGGGAGCUCCGCUCUGCAGAGCCAGCUCCAGCUGACUCUCGCCACCCUCUGACCUAUCGGAAAACCACCAACUUUGCCCUGGACAAGUUUCUCGACCCUGCCCGGCCCUUUAAGUGCACUGUGUGUAAGGAGUCCUUCACCCAGAAGAAUAUUCUGUUGGUUCAUUAUAAUUCUGUCUCCCACCUUCAUAAGAUGAAGAAGGCUGCCAUUGACCCCUCCGCCCCUGCACGGGGAGAGGCUGGUGCCCCACCUACCACCACUGCUGCCACAGACAAGCCCUUUAAGUGCACAGUCUGCAGAGUCUCCUACAACCAGAGCUCCACCCUGGAGAUCCACAUGCGGUCAGUUCUGCAUCAGACUCGCUCUCGGGGAACCAAGAGUGAUUCCAAGAUUGAAGGGCCAGAACGCAGCCAAGAAGAGCCCAAGGAAGGCGAGACAGAGGGGGAGGUGGGCACUGAGAAGAAGGGCCCUGACACCAGUGGCUUCGUAUCUGGAUUGCCUUUCCUGUCCCCUCCCCUACCUCCCUUGGACCUGCACCGAUUCCCAGCCCCUCUCUUCACCCCACCAGUCCUGCCCCCCUUCCCUCUGGUGCCCGAUUCACUGCUUAAGCUCCAGCAGCAGCAGCUGCUCCUGCCCUUCUACCUCCACGAUCUCAAGGUGGGGCCCAAGUUGACACUAGCUGGGCCUGCACCUGUGCUGUCCCUGCCAGCUGCCACCCCUCCUCCUCCACCCCAACCUCCCAAGGCUGAGCUGGCUGAGCGGGAGUGGGAGCGGCCCCCGAUGGCCAAAGAGGGUAAUGAGGCAGGGCCUUCCUCACCCCCCGACCCAUUGCCCAACGAGGCUGCCCGCACUGCAGCCAAAGCCCUACUAGAAAACUUUGGCUUUGAGCUGGUGAUCCAGUACAAUGAAGGGAAGCAAGCUGUGCCCCCUCCCCCUAUCCCACCCCCACCUGAGGCCCUCGGGGGUGGGGACAAGCUGGCCUGUGGGGCCUGUGGGAAACUCUUCUCCAAUAUGCUUAUCCUCAAGACACACGAGGAACAUGUCCACCGCCGCUUUCUACCCUUUGAAGCCCUGAGCCGUUAUGCUGCUCAGUUUCGAAAGAGCUAUGACAGCCUAUACCCGCCCCUUGCAGAGCCCCCCAAACCCCCUGAUGGGUCUCUGGAUUCACCUGCUCCCCAUCUGGGCCCACCCUUCCUGGUCCCAGAGCCUGAGGCAGGGGGGACCCGUGCCCCUGAAGAGCAAAGUCGAGCAGGGGGACACUGGCCCAUAGAUGAGGAAGAAAGCUCCAGAGGGAAUCUUCCUCCCCUGGUGCCUGCUGGCCGCCGGUUCUCCAGAACCAAGUUCACAGAGUUCCAGACCCAAGCCCUGCAGUCUUUCUUUGAGACUAGUGCCUACCCCAAAGACGGAGAGGUGGAGCGACUCGCAAGUCUGUUGGGUCUGGCUAGCCGUGUGGUGGUGGUGUGGUUCCAGAAUGCCCGCCAGAAAGCACGCAAAAAUGCCUGUGAGGGUGGGUCCAUGCCAACCGGAGGAGGCACUGGGGGAGCCUCUGGCUGCAGGCGUUGCCACGCCACUUUCUCCUGUGUUUUUGAGUUGGUGCGCCACCUCAAGAAGUGCUAUGAUGACCAGACCCCUGAAGAGGAGGAGGAAGAGGCAGAGAGAGGGGAAGAGGAGGAAGAGGUGGAAGAAGAAGAAGUAGAGGAGGAACAGGGCCUUGAACCUCCAGCAGGGCCUGAGGGCCCAUUACCAGAGCCUCCAGAUGGGGAGGAGCUGAGCCAAGCAGAGGCAACAAAGGCAGGAGGCAAAGAGCCUGAAGAGAAGGCUACUCCAUCACCUUCCCCAGCCCAUACCUGUGACCAGUGUGCCAUUUCUUUCUCCAGCCAGGACCUCCUGACCAGUCACCGCCGACUACAUUUCCUGCCAUCUCUGCAGCCCAGUGCUCCCCCGCAACUUCUAGAUCUGCCCUUGCUGGUGUUUGGGGACAGAAACCCCCUGGUGGCAGCCACCUCACCAAUGCCAGGUCCACCUCUCAAACGGAAGCAUGAGGACGGCAGCUUGUCUCCCACAGGCAGUGAAGCAGGGGGAGGAGGGGAGGGCGAGCCCCCCAGGGACAAGCGCCUGCGCACCACCAUCUUGCCUGAGCAGCUAGAGAUCCUGUACCGUUGGUACAUGCAGGAUUCCAACCCAACACGCAAGAUGCUCGACUGCAUCUCUGAGGAGGUGGGGCUCAAAAAGCGAGUGGUACAGGUCUGGUUCCAGAAUACCAGGGCCCGGGAGAGGAAAGGCCAGUUUCGAAGCACCCCUGGGGGGGUGCCUAGUCCAGCAGUGAAACCGCCUGCCACAGCCACCCCUGCAUCCUUGCCCAAGUUCAACCUCUUAUUAGGCAAGGUAGAUGAUGGCACUGGGAGGGAGGCCCCAAAGAGGGAAGCACCUGCUUUUCCCUACCCCACUGCCACCCUUGCUUCUGGGCCCCAGCCUUUCCUACCACCUGGGAAAGAGGCCACCACGCCAACACCAGAGCCACCUCUACCUCUCCUACCUCCCCCUCCACCCAGUGAGGAAGAGGGCCCAGAGGAACCACCUAAAGCUUCUCCAGAGAGUGAGGCUUGCAGUCUGUCUGCAGGAGAUCUGAGUGAUUCAUCUGCUUCCAGCCUAGCUGAACCAGAAUCCCCUGGGGCUGGAGGGACCAGUGGGGGACCUGGAGGUGGGACUGGGGUUCCAGAUGGAAUGGGGCAGCGGCGCUACAGGACCCAGAUGAGCAGCCUGCAGCUGAAGAUCAUGAAAGCCUGCUAUGAAGCUUACCGCACCCCCACCAUGCAGGAGUGUGAGGUGCUGGGAGAGGAGAUUGGGCUGCCCAAGAGAGUCAUCCAGGUCUGGUUCCAGAAUGCUCGUGCCAAGGAAAAGAAGGCCAAACUACAGGGGACAGCCGCUGGGAGCACUGGGGGCAGCAGUGAGGGCCCCUUAGUAGCCCAGCGCACUGACUGCCCCUAUUGUGAUGUCAAGUAUGAUUUCUAUGUCUCCUGCCGAGGGCAUCUCUUUUCCCGUCAGCACCUGGCCAAGCUCAAGGAGGCAGUCCGAGCCCAGCUGAAGAGUGAAAGCAAGUGCUACGACUUGGCCCCGGCACCUGAGGCUCCCCCAGCUCUCAAGGCCCCACCUGCCACUACACCUGCCUCCAUGCCCCUUGGGGCUGCCCCAACCUUGCCUCGCCUGGCGCCGGUCCUCUUGUCUGGCCCAGCUCUGGCUCAGCCCCCGCUGGGCAACUUAGCUCCUUUCAAUUCAGGCCCGGCAGCCUCCUCAGGCCUCCUCGGCCUCGCCACUUCGGUCCUGCCUACCACCACAGUGGUCCAGACUGCUGGCCCAGGCCACCCCUUACCUCAGAGACCCAUGCCCGACCAAACCAACACCUCCACAGCAGGCACCACUGACCCUGUCCCAGGCCCUCCUACUGAGCCCUUGGGGGACAAGGUCUCCGGUGAGCGACAGCCAGUUGCAGCCCCCACCAGCUCCUCCAAUGAUGCCCUCAAGAACCUCAAAGCAUUGAAGACCACUGUCCCAGCCCUGUUGGGGGGCCAGUUCCUGCCCUUUCCAUUGCCCCCUGCCGGGGGAACAGCACCGCCAGCUGUCUUUGGCCCCCAGCUACAGGGGGCCUACUUCCAACAGCUCUAUGGCAUGAAGAAGGGGCUAUUUCCCAUGAACCCCAUGAUACCUCAGACCCUCAUUGGGCUGCUCCCCAAUGCCCUCCUCCAGCCGCCACCCCAGCCCCCUGAGCCCACAGCCACAGCACCUCCAAAGCCUCCUGAACUGCCUGCUCCAGGGGAGGGGGAAGCUGGUGAGGUUGAUGAGCUGCUGACAGGCAGCACUGGCAUCUCCACCGUGGAUGUAACCCAUCGCUACUUGUGCCGCCAGUGCAAGAUGGCAUUUGACGGGGAGGCCCUGGCUACUGCCCACCAGAGAUCCUUCUGCUUCUUUGGGCGGGGCUCUGGGGGCUCCAUGCCACCCCCAUUGCGGGUUCCCAUCUGCACCUACCACUGUCUGGCAUGUGAGGUGCUGCUGAGUGGGCGUGAAGCCCUGGCCUCCCACCUGCGCUCCUCGGCCCACAGACGCAAGGCAGCCCCACCUCAAGGGGGCCCACCCAUCUCCAUCACCAACGCCGCCACUGCUGCCUCGGCUGCUGUGGCUUUUGCCAAAGAGGAAGCAAGAUUACCUCACACGGACUCCAACCCAAAAACUACUACUACCUCUACACUUCUAGCUUUAUAAACAGAUAAACCAAGAUGGGGAGAGGGGAGGGCCUCAGGGCUCCCUCUUUUACCCCAAGGGGUGUUUGGUGAGAGCUCAAAUCCCUCACCCCACCCCCUGGCCCCGCCCACCUCACGGGAACUGUUCAGUUCCCACCCUCAGUGGGCACCACACACCCCACUUCCAGCAGAGUCCUGCCUCCUCCCAAUCCCCACAGACACACACAUUGAUCUUCAUCCUCAGCUCCUUGCAGAUGUAGCCCUUGCCCAUCUACACAGACACAUACACCCAUCUUGGCACCCUGAUUAUUCAUACAUGUCUGCCUACCACACACAAAAUAUGUCCUUGGUUCUAUCUUCCUUUUCCUCACUGAAUUCCCAGCUCCCCAUCCCCAUAAAUGCAAACACAUACAUGCACACACACACACACGUUAUCCCAUGAUGUUCCACUGAGAAAACACCAAAAAAUUUUGAAAAAGAAGAUAAAAAGAAGAAACGAAAAAGAAAGCCCAAGGCAAAGAAGAGGGAAGGAAAACAAACUUUGCCACUCCCUCUUCUCCUUCCUAACCGUUUGUCUAGAGCACCAUACCGCUCACAAACUCUUUCCAAAUGCUCCGUUGGCUCCCAAAGUUGGAGCCUGGCAUGGGCAGGGAGCCCACAAAACUCUAACCAAACUGGAGGCUGGUAUGGGAGAAGUGCUUCUGGUUCACUCUCCCUACCCUCUCCCUUCUAACCCUCUCCUUGCCUGACAGGGGAGCCCCUGCAGCCUGGACUCUAGGGGAUGCCGCCACCAGAAACCCCUCUUCCAAUCCCUACCUUGCACCCUGGGAACUGCAGUAACUUAUUCUCAAAGGCUUUAAACACAGAGAUCCUCUCAGCGGCCGUGGGCCCGCCCCUUGUCCUAGCCCUGCCACGUGAGGGUCCAGCCUCCAGGGACAGGCACUGCCCACCAACGGCAAAUCCAAAGUUCUUUUAAAAAAAAAACUGAAACACAACCAAAAAAAUGAGAGCGAGAGAGAGUGCGUGCACACGCACACAAAAGAGAGAAAUGGAGACCAGAGGAAUGAACUAAAGAAAAACAUAAACUUGGAUAAUGCAGAAAAAAAAAAAAAAGAAAGAAAA